CUCUGCGAUCAUAACCAAUGCUUGCGCUCAACAGCCCGACUAAUCGAGUGAUGAUUCUUGCAGAGUUUGGCCAGAGGAUUGAGCAGACGUCCAUCCUCAGCAAUUGAAAUUAUGUCUCUAGCCAGGGUAUUGUUGAAGGCGACAACAGCCAAUAAGGCGGUUGCCCGUUCAGCUUUCACUGCUAGAAAGCCUGAUUACACAAACAUCAACUGGUUGCGCGUGGGUCUGGCAUUCGGGACUUCCGCUGUUCUGUGGGGACUGCUUUUCAAGCAGCACAGCGAAGACGUGCAUGAAUAUAAAAAGAGGAAUGGACUUGAGUAGUAGAAGUCCAAGUGGCAAGACAAAAAGUAUAGAGGUGAAAGUAUGCCGAGAGCCUGCUUGAUUUGUUUUCCAUUGUAUAUUGCUGAGCUAGUCGUGGUUAAUGCAUCAAUCCAUGUUAUGUAAUAAAUAAAGUUGUAAAUAUAUUCUCUCUACAGACAUGUAA